ACCUGACAGACGAUGAGAGUGACUAGAACGUGAUCGACGGUGGGUCAAAUGCUGUGCGACCAGGUCUGACGUCAUGGGGUGGCAUGAGAAAAAGGCACAGCCAGACGCUCGCUCUUCUUGAUUACUUACACUCAUGUUGUCCCCUCUACCUAGCCUUUUCAUCCUUGCCGGACUGGCAUAUAGUGCCAAUGCCCAGUUUAUGAACGAUAACAACAAUCAUACAACAACACAGAGAAUAAUAGCGGGAGUCGUCGUAGCUGUUCUUGCAUUAAUAGCUUGCAUCUUGUGUUCCAUCGGACUCUCUAGACGUCGGCGGCGUCGCCUUCUUGUGGUACCCCAGGGGCAGUAUUCUCCUCAGGCUGCCGGAGGAUAUAAGCCGCCAUUCUUUGGUAGCGGCUGGGGAUGGAGUCAACAAUACCCACCAAAUCAGAACCAGAGCCCGUACAUACCUCCUCAAGGGCCUCCGCAUCAAUCGACUCCGUACUACGGAGGUUAUGGUUCCGGUGCAGAGCAGCGGCAAGAAUACCCUCCUAAUCCCCCUCCGUAUAAACGGGACGAUACCAACUACCAACCGGUGCGCACAAAAAUAUCUGAUGUCCCAAUGCUUCUAAUAUUGACCGUCUCUAGCCCGCCGGACCACCUCCGGGACAUCCAGAAAGUAGUGCGCAAGCCCAGUACAGCCCGGUUAGUUAUUAUAAACGUUGUGAUAAUCCAUUGGCUUAAUUCCCUAAAAUUCCAGCCCCCCGGACCACCGCCGCAAGCUCACUUGGCCCAUAAUGUUGUUUAACUUUCCUUAAUUAUGACAUUUCGCAGGCUGAUUUCCUUGCAGGGCCAAGGUUCCGUCGGAGGUUUCAAACCUUGAUUAACGGGCAUUUUCCCAUCUUACAUUCCAUUCUCUU